AGUUUCAACAAUGCGGAGCUCGCGUAGUGUCGCCUUAAGCGGUGUAGUGUUAGUAGCAAUAAGCUUGCUGUCGUGUUCACAUGAAGCAGUGGUGUCAGAUAUCUAUUACGGGGUGAGCAAUUACUCCUUUCCUGAGGAUUUUAUAUUCGGUGUCUCAACGGCCGCAUUUCAAAUAGAAGGAGCGUGGAAUGAGGGAGGAAAAGGAGAGAGUAUUUGGGACACGUACGUUCACGAGCAUCCGGAAUAUACCCCCGAUAAGUCGAAUGGAGAUAUUGCAGCUGAUUCAUAUCACAAAUUUAAAGAAGACGUACAGUUGAUUAAGGCACUGGGAGUCAAAUAUUAUCGUCUGUCAAUAUCGUGGCCGCGAUUGCUACCAAAUGGAACAAGCAAUAACAUAAGUACUGAUGGAGCGCGAUACUAUCGAAAUCUUUUCGAAGAGCUUUUGAAAGCGAAUAUAACUCCUAUUGUUACGUUAUUCCAUUGGGAUAUGCCCACGCCCUUCAUGGAUCUAGGAGGAUGGAGCAACCCCGUGAUAGUGGAUUACUUCGUAGAUUACGCAAGGGUCGCGUUCAAUUUGUACGGUGACAUCAUUAAAACGUGGACCACAAUUAACGAGCCACAUCAGCAUUGUUACCAAGGUUACGGAGCCGACUACUUCGCACCAGCCAUAAAGUCACACGGUGUAGGAGAAUAUUUAUGUGCACACUAUUUAAUCUUAAGUCACGCAAAAGCAUAUCAUUUAUACGAAAAAGAAUUCAAGCCGCAUCAAAAAGGUAAAGUUGGAAUUACUUUAGAUGCAUUUAUGGGAAUACCAAAGGAUCCUCGGAACUUUGAAGAUGUACUAGCUGUUCGAAGUUACCUGCAAAUUCAUUUUGAUCUUUACGCUCAUCCAAUCUUUUCUGCCGAGGGAGAUUAUCCUACAUUCGUGCGACAAAGAAUUAACAAUAUGAGCUUGGCUCAGGGAUUUGCAAGAUCACGUUUACCGUAUUUUACUGCAGAAGAGGUCAAAAUAAUCCGCGGCAGCUCAGAUUUCUUCGGACUUAACCAUUAUACCACGUACUUGAUGUCACCAUCUGAAAUGGAAUUUUCCUGGUCGAUACCUUCAAUGGAUCACGAUGCUCAAGUUAGAAUGGAACAAGACCCACACUGGGAAAAACCCGGUACAGAAUGGCUUUCGGUUUACCCAGAAGGGUUUCGAAAGUUAUUGAACUACGUAAGCGAUAAUUACGGAAGAGAGAUUCCUAUAAUUGUCACAGAAAAUGGCGUCGGUGACAAAGGGCAACUAAAGGACUACGAUAGGAUCUCAUACUUCAACAAAUACCUAUAUCAAUUGCUUUUAGCCAUACACGAGGACAACUGUAACAUUAUAGGAUAUUUUGCUUGGACCCUUAUGGACGACUUUGAAUGGUCAGAUGGAUACUUGUCGAAGUUUGGGCUAUACAAAGUGGACUUUGACAGCCCUGAAAGAACCCGUACACCAAAACUCUCAGUAUCGAGCUACCGCAACAUAGUACAAACUAGAAGAAUUAAUUUUGACCGCUACAAGCCGCUUCCGAAUAAACUCAAUCAUUUUUGAUGAUAAAUUAAUAUAGUAUUUUUUUGGCUUUGUAAUAACUUUAAGAUGAAAUUGAUAGAAAUAAAUAAUAUACCAU